AGUGACGCAUCGAGCUCCAGUGACCGUGGGCUGUUUGACAUGUCGAGUGAAGUAUAGCGUGCUGUGACUAAGAAACAUGAUGAAUUUAGCCACAUUAGUGCAGAGUUUGAGAUGUUCUUUCCUACACAUUGAAAGCAGACUAUUGCAAGCAGCAGGAUUCGAGACGCAACUAGCUCCAGCAUUGUCUGUAAAUGGCUCAAGUAUUUUGCCUCAGCUCAACAAUGAGCAGGAGUUUGAGGAGCAGCUAGAGGGUCCAGACCAGCCCUCAGGCUUCCUGGAUGGUAUCCUGUGGAUGGCUGCACCCAAAAAGAGGCGUACAAUUGAGGUCAACCGUACAAGGAGGAGAUCCGAGAGCAAACUCCUAAAACUCAAGACUAACAUUGAGCCUUGUCCAGAGUGCGGCCAUCUAAAACAAAAGCAUAUCUUAUGCGGCUUCUGUUAUGUUAAAGUUUGUAAAGAAACUGCCAAGAUUCGUCAACAAAUAAAAGAAAUGGAAGGUGGACCUUUUGGUGCUCCGACAGUGGAGACUGUUGUCCUGUAUGAAGGAGAAAUGCCAAGCGCACAAGACAAAGAUAAAAGGAUUAUAGAGAGACCAAGAAAGCGCCCUGCAUGGUUCAAUGUAUGAUCUCUCAAUAAUAAAUAUGGGAACUGCGUCUUUUUAUACAACUUUAAAUAAUAAUCCCAAAUGUAACAAUGUUGUGGUAAAUCAAAUAUUCAAAUGUUGUAAAUGCAGCUUCAGCUGUUAAAUGCCCGAACCUUACUGUUGUCGAAUCUGUAUUUCUUCAAUAAAUCCACAGUAAUAUUCUC